AUGAAUACUGUUUUGCUGUAUUUGGUUAUUUUCAAAUCUCCUGCUGCAAUUAAAACAUACUCAAUUUUGAUUGCAAAUUUUGCAAUCAGUGAUCUUCUUGCUGCAGUUUCAUCAUUUUUCGUGGAACCAAGAAUCAUUCCGAUUCACAAUUCGGUUAUCCAAAUAAAUUAUGGAAUGUGUUACAAAACAGGAUAUAUUUAUUCAUGCUAUCUUGGUUAUAUAAUAAGUCUUCACCUGUUUCUCCAUUCCGAAUUCUCGCUUUUAUAUUCAUUUUACUUUCGUCUCAACAUUUUGGAAAAUCAAAAAACAACACAUAAACCAUCUCGAAUUAUUUUAUCAUUGUGCAUUAUUUAUGUUCCAUCUUUGAUUUUUCUCAUUCUGCUUUCAUUUGGUGAUAUCAGUUAUCAAAUUGAUGUUUUCGAAAGUUUCAUGAAACUUUUUCCUAAUGAAACAGGAAUUUCUGUAGAAAUGGUAACUGGAAAUAUGGAUUCGAAACCUGUCGCAAUUGGAAUGUCACUCUUUGUGAUUGCUCCAAUUUUUAUCUACACUGCAAUUCUUUUAAUCCGCAAUAAAAUCAUAAAACUUCUUGAUAAAUCAACAGAUCAUCUUCGAAAAGAGACAAAAUCUUUGCAUCGUCGACUUCUUAAAAUUCUAACUUAUCAAGCAAUUCUUCCAAUGUUUACAGUUAUUGCCGUAUUUUUAUUUCUUAUUGAAAAGCUUUUGAUGUUUUAUCACCCUCUUAUCGAAUAUUCUUCAACUUUAUGUCUGGAAAUAAUUCCAGCAAUUUCUCCAAUUGUUUAUUUUUGGUAUAUUUCCCCGUAUCGAAGAGCUAUUCUAAAGUUUUUUGGAAUCAAAAAAAUAUCGGGAAUCGGAGAGGAAAAUAGCACUGAAAAUUCAAAGGCUUUUGUGAUUAUUCGAUGA